UCCUGGUAGAAAAAGGAACUGCAUAACCAAUGCACACGUCCAGAGUGCCUUCCCUUGCACUUAGUUUGGUUACAAAUUCAUAGCAGUUGCACGUUCAGUGGAUUAACUGAGUUAAACAUGCUGAAGAGAAAACCAUCUAAUGCGUCUGAUAAGGAGAAAAGCCAAAAGCCAAAGCGCACGAGCAGCUUUGGGAGCUUUGACCGUUUCAGGCAUCACUCGAUAUCAAAGGCAGAUGAUUCAGCUGAGAUAUCUGAGCUGGAGACUAUAAGUGACAUUGGGGAAGCAGUACAAAUCAGAGCAGCAAACAAUGGAGGAAGUCUGAGUAAGAAGAUGAGAGCCAUUUCACUUACCAUGAAGAAAAAGAUGGGUAAAAAAUACAUCAAGGCACUCUCUGAAGAGAUGAAUGAAGAGGGAAAAGAAGACAGUGAUCCUGGUGGUGGAACACACACUGAGAAGGUCUCCCUAAAAACCAGCGAUUCUCUGGAAAGUCUCUAUAGUCUGAACAGUGGCCAGAGCUCAUCUAGUGGGGUGACCAGCUGCUCCGAUGGCACGAGCAACAGGGACAGCCUCCGCUUUGACGACGAGGUCCCCUACAACGGCCCCUUCUGCGGCCGAGCCAAAGUCCACACCGACUUCACACCCAGUCCUUAUGACACUGACUCGCUGAAAAUCAAGAAAGGAGACAUCAUAGAUAUCAUCUGCAAAACUCCCAUGGGUAUAUGGACAGGCAUGCUGAACAACAAAGUAGGAAAUUUCAAGUUCAUUUAUGUGGAUAUUAUCUUGGAAGAAGAAGCUGCACCCAGAAAGAUCAACCCACACAGAGGAAGCAAAAGGACCAAGCCUAAAACAUUGCAAGAGCUCCUGGAAUGUGUCCACCUGCAGGAAUAUGCCUCAACCCUCCUGCUGAAUGGCUAUGAAACUCUAGAGGACUUAAAGGAUCUACAUGAAAGCCACCUCAUUGAAUUAAAUAUUUCUAACCCAGAAGAUAGGGCAAAAUUGUUAUCAGCAAUUGAAAAUCUCCAGGACUGUGACAUUGAAGAACAGCAGAAAAGCGAGGAUGGUCAGGAGACGCAGAAUUUAAGCCCUCACCAGAGUUUUGACAAAUCACAGUUAAAUGACUGUCCAAGAGAUUCUGGCUGUUACAUCUCAUCAGAGAAUUCAGAUAAUGGUAAAGAAGAAGCAGACCCAGAAGCCCUGUCUGACAUGGUGCAGUCAAUAACAAUCAGUGAGUCAAACUGAUUCGGUACUGCUGCUUUUCUGCAGAUUUUCAGAAAAGACAAUCACAUUUGUCAGUAUGGUGGCACAGAAGCAGAAUACAAAAUAUUCUCAACACUGAAAAUCUACCUUUUUCUGAAUCAUGAUGCUGUAAACUGUUUCAUAUGUGGACACUUGAUAACUAAAUGUUAGUUGACUAUAAGAAUUUCUCAUCUUUUUCUUUUCAAUGAAUCCACAGGUAUUUCCCUGAAAAAGCUUUUACAAAAGUAUUUAUAAAUAUUUGUACAGCAAAUGCAUUUUCUAUAAUAGUAGAGAUUUUUUCUAGGUAGUGGUUCAUAAUCUGGAACUGUCCAAAAUGUAAAUAUUGUACAUAUUUAUUUUAAAAAUGUAUGGAUUAAUCACACUGUCUCUAUUUUCAGCUGUGUUUUGCUGAAAUGUGUACAGAAUGUCUUUUCACUGAAAUGUAAUCAUAAUAAAAAGGUGGAUACAGUCAAGCCCUACUUUGAAAAGUACCGAUUCUCACUAAUAUUAAAGCUGUUUCACGCAGCUCACUUUUCUCCAGAAUGAGCUCUAAAGUAGACUGUCAUUUCCUCUACUUUUUCCUGGAGGCAUGAGAGAACUGUAGGGUGAAUCUGAAUCCAGUUCUCUGUGGUCCUUGUGUUGUGGAAGAACAGAGCCAUCCAAAUAGCAGUGGCAAUUUUUUUAUGGCUCUUUUCAAACCUGUUCUCAUUUGUCCCAAGCAUUAUACAGAGAAUUCAAACUCAGAGAAAAAAAGCCAUCAGGAUGAGUGCUAUGCUUUUAUGAUAAUGUUUUGUGAAGGUGUUGACUUUUGUGUGUGGUGUGAAGUUUGUUAAUAGAGUAUGUGUUUGUAUACAGAACUUGGAACCUAACAUGGUUAUUGUACCUGACUCUCUUUCAUAUGAGAUUUUAUUGUCUUUUCCCAGUAUAUUUCACACUGGAAAACACAUUUUAACUGCCUGUCUUCUUUUAGAGUACUUCCUUCAAUAAUAAACAGAAUCAUGUGUUUAA